AUGGAAAAGGAGGAGAAGGAAGGGAAGCAGGAUGGUCGGCCUAAGAUGAAGGAGAGUAGUUCAGGUGGAAACCGAGCCCAAGGAGACAGGCCAUAUCCCCCGGACUGGCAUAACCAUUACGAUGAGUUGAACAGGCCAAGAAGAAGAAAAAUAUGCUAUCAGCAGGGGAGCAGUGUUCAAUAUAGAGACAGAGGAAACCAUUUGGUACGUCCAUCCUAUACUCCGUACCAGAGAGCUUGGAACACACAUGGGGCACAUCCUAGUAACAGAUAUGAAACAAAGGAAGGAAGAUGGAAUGGGCCCGAGAUGUAUCCAAGAAGCAAUGAAGAAUACGAGAGACAGGAGCCCCAUUUCUACAAAAGUGAGAAGUAUGGGGUUAAGGCAAAGAGAAAUGGAUCUCCUUCAAAGGCAAUUGGAGUGUUCGGGUUGGGAGCAUAUAUAACCGAGGAUGAUGUCAAGGGUUUUCUUCGAGAAAAAAUCAGUGAAAUAACAAACUAUAGAGUUGUAAUAGUUUAUGACAAGUAUAAUGGAAUGUCUAAGGGAUAUGGAUUCAUCCAGUUUGAUACAGUUGAUGAUGCAAUAACAGCUAAAAACAGAUUGGUAGGCCAAACUAUCAAAGGAAAAGAAAUUAGAGUUGACUAUUCCAUUGAGUAA